AUGGCACCGUUGGAAAGAGAACACCAAUCAUCAAUGGCGGGGAGCUCAAGGCGGAGGAAGGGUGUCGCAGUUAGAGUUCCGCUUCGGCGACGGGAACGGGAGAAUAACGAUAAUGGGAGUGAUAACGGAGGACGGGGAAGAGGCGGUGGUUUCGGUGGCUUUGGUCGUGGAGAUGGGAAUGGUGAUGGGAAUGGGAAAAGUGGUGGUGGGCGUGGAGGGGGAGACGGAAAUGGCGGCGACAGCAAAGAUGGUGAUGGACCAGGAAGAUCCCAGAAAUCUCAGAAGGGUGGAGGUGGCGACGACGACGACGAGGAAGACAACGAUACGGAGGAAGAAAAGCCUAAAGACCAACCAUCGGGACCUCCUCCAGCGGAAGCUGUUCCGACUAGUCCUGCUCCAGUGGUACCAACUCUGGAAUCACCUGUGCCAGUCGUCCCUGUUGAUACCCCAGCUGUCCCUGCUGUAAGCAGCGUUCCGGUCGUUGUGCCUGUCACAAGUACUACACCUGCCAUCGUCGAACCGUCGUCCUCACAAGAGCAGUUAUCGCUACCAACGCCAGCCCCUCCAGUAGUUACGCCGACUUCUUCGCUCACCUCGUCCGCUAUUGAGCCCAGUUCCACAUCCUCAGAAAGCGCCAUUCCCUCAUCCUUGUCCACUUCAGCGUCCGAGACUGCUACUCCACUACCCUCGAUGUCGGUACUUACAACAACAAUGACCGCCUCGUCGACGUCCGAAAUUCCUGGAGUGCCAUCAGACACAGCGACACAAGCUCGUAAAGGUCUAGACGACCCAACAAGCAGUUUGGCUACCAGGCUUCCUGUUCAAGAUUCUAUGCCUACUAUGACGAUGACAGAGACUCUGAUGGUGACACCUCUUAGUGUUGUUCAGACAACGUCAACAAGAAACCCUAGAUUUACAGGAUUUCCUGGCCCUUUUCCUUCAGGAUUCCCAAGCAACAGAAGACCAGGGAACAACAGACCAAAUACAGGAUUAUCGCCCACGGCAGAGCGGUUUCUUGUUGCCAUUGGAGCUAUUGGGGCUUUUAUCAUUGUUCUAGCGGGCAUUUUUCUACUGAUGCGGAUGAAAGGCAUUGAUGUAUUAAAAAAGACUAGGAACCGUAAGGUUCGCAAAGGAGGCCCUCGUGGAAUGUACGGCUGGCGGAGAAACAGUAAUGCACCUUCAGAAGAUCCACCACAAUACAACGGCGAAACUCCCUACGGAUUUCCCGAAGAUGAGAAAAGGGAUCUUGACAGGAAAGUGGCAGAUGACAACUUUGCACCUAGCAUAUCACCGGCCAUGCUUCCACCUCUGGCAAUUCCUAACACGACAGCAACCCUGAACCGAACAGAAUCACCUAAUUCUAGCUUUCCCCUGGCAAGAAAUGUCUCACCAUUUGGUGCAUACUCUCCCCAUGAUAGUCCAAUAGCGGACCUUCAAGCUUCAUACAACAACACAGGUCGGCGGAACACAAUGUUAUCCAGACAGGUUCCUGAAGCCAACAACACCAUACCUACGCAGGCCACGUAUGCAACUCGGGAACCUCCAAAUCCACAGUACAGUAACCAGCCUCAGCCAAAUCACAUGAGCUACAUGUCAUCUCUAUCAUCCGGAUUCGGAGAUGGGCUUGUCCUUCCAGAUCCUAACAACCCAAAUGUCAUGAUGCAAGGGUAUCGUCCAAGUCGUCCUCCGGGAGCCUUUUCCUGGAUGCAAGUUCCCGCACAGAGGCGAGGUGACCGAGAUACGAUAUACACCACAACUUCAGAGGAUUCUGCCCCGCGAUUCAGGACUGUCAAUUCCUGGGUUGCGCAGCAAGCGACGCGCGUUCCAGUACCCGAGCAAAACAUCCCAAGCGUCCCUGCAAUACCACUGCAGCUGCAAACAGCCCAGUACUAUACCCCGCCCGUUCAACCAGUUCAUCAACGGAACAUUAGUGAAGAUCCGGUUUUCAAAUUCCACCCGGGCGACGAAGUUCAGAUCUCACGAGGGUCACGUGUACCCAGUGAGAUCCUCAACCGCAAGACCGGGAUAAACUAG